UUAACCUACUUUUCAGCCAACUGUCUUUCCUUCUUUCUUUGUUUUUUGUUUUUUUUUUUUUGGGGUUAAAGAAAAAACUGCAUACAUCAGUGGGUGACAAUCGAAGUCACCCAAAAAGACAAAGAAAUUCUGUUCUGUUGCAGAGUAGCAACUCCAUUGCUAAUUUGUAUUUUUCUUCUAUUUUGUUCACACCCACAGUCUCUUCAUUCCCAAUUUUCCUCUUCUUCGUCUUCUUCUUCUUCUUCUUUCUCUUCCUCUUUCCUCCACAAAAAUGGAAGCUACCUCAGCUUCCAUUUCCAACUGGGUUUUUCUCUGCAUUUUGUUUUGGUUUCUGGGUCUCCAGCUGACACAAUGCAGUGUUGGCUAUGACAGAAAAGCUCUCGUCAUUAAUAGCCAGAGAAGGCUUCUCUUCUCUGGCUCCAUUCAUUAUCCUAGAAGCACCCCCCAGAUGUGGGAAGGUCUAAUACAGAAUGCCAAAGAUGGUGGGUUGGAUGCUAUUGACACUUACGUGUUCUGGAAUCUCCAUGAACCUUCUCCGGGCAAUUAUAAUUUUGAGGGAAGAUGUGAUCUGGUUCAAUUUAUCAAGUUAGUUCAGAAAGCUGGCUUGUAUGUUCAUCUUCGAAUUGGGCCUUAUGUUUGUGCAGAGUGGAAUUUUGGGGGAUUUCCUGUUUGGUUGAAGUAUGUUCCAGGCAUUAGCUUUAGAACAGAUAAUGAACCUUUCAAGAUGGAAAUGCAAAGAUUUACUCAAAAAAUUGUGCAAAUGAUGAAGGAUGAAGAGUUGUUUGAGUCUCAAGGUGGCCCCAUUAUCCUCUCUCAGAUUGAGAAUGAGUAUGGACCAGAAAGCAAGGCAUUAGGGGCUGCUGGUUAUGCAUACAUGACUUGGGCAGCAAAAAUGGCUUUUGAAAUGAACACUGGAGUCCCCUGGGUAAUGUGCAAGGAAGAUGAUGCUCCCGAUCCCGUGAUAAACGGCUGCAAUGGUUUCUAUUGUGAUUAUUUCUCUCCAAACAAGCCUUACAAACCUACACUGUGGACUGAGGCUUGGAGUGGGUGGUUCACAGAUUUUGGUAGUCCAAACUAUAAACGCCCAGUUGAAGAUUUGGCAUUUGCAGUUGCUCGGUUCAUUCAAAAGGGUGGCUCUUUUGUGAAUUAUUACAUGUACCAUGGAGGAACAAACUUUGGAAGAACUGCUGGUGGCCCUUUCGUUACAACCAGCUAUGACUAUGAUGCUCCAAUUGAUGAAUAUGGUUUGAUCAGGCAACCAAAGUAUGGCCAUCUGAAUGAACUCCACAAGGCUAUUAAACUAUGUGAAAAAACUUUGCUUUCUGCUGACCCUAAUAUCACAUCAUUGGGAAAUUAUGAACAC